AUGGGUCUCAUCGAAAAGUUGCAAGCAAAAAUCGAGCUCUACCGGCUGGAGCAGCGCUACGCUCGUCGCAAGCAUCGCAGUACAUUCCACGCGGGCGUGCAGUACGUCGAUGGUGAAUACGUUUACACAAAUGGAUCGCAUUCGCCAACAGGAACUGUCUCCAAAAAUUCAACCGGCAGCUACUGGAAGACACCCACCUGGAGUGUAUCAACCGACUCGCGAUGGCGGUGA